AUGGAUAUAAUGGAGGAGGUCCAGCAAAAGGCCAUGAAGAUAAUUAAAGUAUUGGAACAUCUGUCAUAUGAGGGGAAGCUGCAAGACCUGGGACUGUUCAGCCUGGAGAAGAAAAGGCUACAGGAAGAUCUUAUUGCUGUCUACAGAUAUGUUAAUCUCUAUGUCCAGGAUGAAUACAAGAAGAACAGUGGGCAUGCAACAUGCCAGUUCAGUUUUUCAGAUUGUGCCCAGGUGGCCAAGAAGGCCAACGGCAUCCUGGCCUGUAUCAGAAAGUGUGGCCAGCAGGAGCAAGUAAGUGAUCGUCCCCCUGUACUUGGCUCCGGUGAGGCCGCACCUCGAGUACUGUGUUCACUUUUGGGCCCUCACUACAGGGAAGACAUUGAGGUGCUGGAGCGUGUCCAGAGAAGGGCAACCGAGCUGGUGAGGGGCCUGGAGCACAAGUCUGAUGAGGAGCGGCUGAGGGAUCUGGGGUUGUUUAGCCUGGAGAAAGGGAGGCUGAGGGGAGACCUUAUCGCUCUCUACAACUGCCUGACAGGAGGUUGUAGCGAGGUGGGGGUCGGUCUCUUGUCCCAAGUAACAAGCCAUAGAAGAGGAAAUGGCCUCAAGUUGCACUAGGAGAGGUUUAGGUUGGACAUUAGGAAAAAUUUCUUCACCAAAAGUGUUGUCGAGAAUUGGAACAGGCUGCCCAGGGAAGUGGUUGAGUCACCAUCCCUGGAGGUAUUUAAAAGUCAUGUAGAUGUGGCAGUUACAGACAUGGUUUAA